ACCGGGACUAUUUGCUGAUGCAUCUGGAAACAAGUAUAGCGUUUAUAGUUCAGGGGUUAAGUUCCAAACAUUAACAUACGCGCAGAUGUUUUUGGAGGGAGAGCAUCUGGCAUUCACUCGCCUGAUGUGAUACGGGAAAUUCGGACGAACAAGGGUUUACUGGACAUUUUUGUCGGCAGCGACUCUGUACUCAGAUUUAAAGGGAAACCAUAUUGAGGAUUGAGGUGCAGUGUUGAAAUGAGUGCUACAAAACAACUCUCUCGUUCACAGAAGGCAAUACCUCGCGUCUGAAUAUCACUGAUGUACAUACACAUGUACAUGCAUUACCUAACCUGGUGCGAACAACUACAACUAAGAACUAAACGAUUAAAGGAUCCCAAUAAACAUUUACAGGACUUACACAAGAACUUUGCCAAAUAUUUUUAUAACUUACUGAAAGUUUCGUGCUUUGAAUUAACGUGCAUUGCAAGUCAUCUAAAUGGCAAACUUAUUAGGUCAAAGUGUUACUCAAGUGCAAUUGAACCCUCAUCAACUAUCACUCCUCUUCGCCCAACAAGCAACUGCGCAAGCUGCCCUAGACAGAAAGAGCGGAGCCUUCAAGAAACUGGUCGUGGAGGUUCAAACAAGCAAGCAGGAUGCAGAACGUUACAAAGAACGGUCAAAGUACCUGGAACUGGAUGUUGCUCGAACGGAUGCUUACCUUGCAAAGGUACGACAGCAGUUCACUGAACAGCAGAGAAAGAACGCAGAACUGAACGCGGAAUUGGCAAACUCUCGGAAGCGAGAGAAGAUUUGUGCAAGAUGUCAUGGGAAUGAGGAUGAGAGGGGAGGGGUUACCAAGAUUCAAGGGGGAGAUCAGUCAUCAUCUUAUUCCAAGGAAGAACCUGGAAAGGCCCAGAAAGCUUCACAGAAGACCGGCGGAGAUAAACAUGAGUCGUCCAGGCCAGAUAAUGAGCAGCCUAGUAGCAGACCAUUCCGGCCCAAGCCUGCUGUACCAUUCCAGCCCAAGCCCGGUGUAUCAUUCGAGCAUCAUGAGCUUUUCAUCCACCAGAUGAUGCUGAUGAAGCAAGAACUGACAAGACUAGCCAAGGAGAAAGGCCAAGAUGUCGACAAAAUCUUGGAAGCCGCAGAAUACAAAGAGACCAUUAAGAAGCUACAGGAAGACAUCCAAGACAAAGCAGAUGAGAAUGAGCGAUUGUUAGAGAAGAUUGACAGGCUAUGCUCUAAGAAGGACCAACCAGCCAGUCAAAUAGUCCAACUGCAGUUUAUGAAUGAGAAACUUGAGAAGAGACUAAACCUAAGCCAAGUCAUGAUAGAUACCUUGUCCAAACGCUGUGAGGAACUGAAAGACGAGCUCCAGAAAUAUGGUCCAUUCAAAAAGGAAGACGGCCGUGCUGUUCAUGACUCCAAAGUCUUCCUUCCAAUCCAGAAGGAGGAGGGGAAAAAGAAGAGCACUUCUGAGAAAACUGGGAGCACCAGAAAGGGACAAGAUGAGGCUGAUGGAGGAGUAUCCUUGGACCAGUUUGAGCAGCAGAAGCAACGACUCAAUGAAAAGAUUCAGCAUCUUGACACUCAGCUCAAGAAGGUGACAGGAGAUAAUAAACAGCUGAUCAAAAAUCGACAAGAGGCAGAAAAACAAAGAGAGAUAUUUGAGCAGCGCUACAACGCUCUGAUGGAGACAAUGCAGGAUAUUCAGAAGAAACAGCAGCAAUGUUCCAACUGUCGCAGCUUGGAGCUAGAGAUUGCUAAACUCAAACAAGAGGUAGCUGACUUGAAGGAAGUCGAUAUGGUGGUCCGAGCACAGAUGAAGCUUUAUGAGGAAGACCUGAGGCAGGAGCAGCAGGAUUCAACAUCUCAGAAGCAGAAGAACAACUUCAUUGUUGAGCAAUGGACUAAGAACUGCCAACGUAUGGGCCAACAGGUUGACCUUCUGACAGAUGAUCUCCAUAGGGAACGAGAGGAAAAUAGGAAACUCAAGCAACAGCUGAAUGCGCUCAAGCCACAGGGCAGCCGUUCAGCCAUGUCCCUAGCGCCAACCUUCAGCAAUCAGCGGUGCGCCUUCAAGGGACCCAAGAGCUCCCCCUGGCAGGAAGGCUUUCAUGACAUGCAUGACAUAGAAUGUGAUGGGCCAGGGCAGGAUGUAGCAGACGGUAAGGAUUUGUCAGAUUCCAUGGGGGAAUUCUACUCGACCAGCUCGGGGGCAACAAUGCCUGGUAAGACUCCUGAAAGAAGCAGUUACCAUUCCAUGCAGUCAAGCUUCUCUUUGUCUCGGAAGCCUCUGGAAUGCCCGAGAUGUAAGAGGGAAUACCCAGCGGAUCGUUUGGAAGAGUUUCAGCGUCACGUCAACAAGUGCAUCGAUAGCUCCUGAGAUCAUGAAGGGGUUUUGUUUCUUUCUAAGAGUACAUGAGGGAAAGAUCUUUGGUUUGAAUUCCCUUGAGGAAAUUGUUGGAGGCCCAUGGUGAAGGACUGCCUAAGAGCAGUAGGAAAUGUGAGAAUAAUGACAACAAAUUGGUUUUACAUAGGUUGAUGAAACACAGGUAUCUCAAAUUAAUCAGUUGAAUCAGCUUAUAUCCUUAGGAUGUGGGACAUAUAUUAUCAGCUACUGAAUGGGGUAGUUUACCACAAUAGUAAUCUUCAUGAACAUUUAAUCAUAUAACUUGCACAUAUAUGUAAAGCUUAUCUACAGCUUUAAUCAAUUUAAUCAAUACAUUCUGAUCACCUUUAUCAUGGAGGCCUCGUUAAGUGGCGAAAGCAUUGUGCUAGCAAGUGUCACAGGGCAGCUGCUUUGUACAAUAGCAUUCACAAUGGUUUCUCCAUUUGAAGGGGGUUUUGUGUGUGUACAGUGCAAACGUGCCUUGAUUAAUUGGUACUUAAUAAUUGUCCAUAUCCUUGGGAAAAAAAAUGGCCAGUGAUCUGUCUUUGUAAUAUCCGUCUCUGUAAAGCGCUUGCUCAGGGACAUCACCAGUAAUCAGUCCUUCUGUUUUGAGGCGUGCGAUCACACCCCCACGCCAUGACACGCUUCCUGAGAAGUGCGAAUAAUCGCACGCCUGAAUCCCUCAGUACCGCACAUCUCGGCAUACAUUUACAGCAUAAUUAUACUUCAUAAUUUGUGAAAAAUAAAGUACGUCAGUGAAGACAAAAAAAGCCCAGCUUGGACCAUAGAAUCACACACCUAAAACAUCACUUGCCUAGAAAAUCACACGCCUAGAAAAAUCACACGCCU